CAUGUCUGUAUGCAGCUUACCUCGGCAAAGCAAUGUUCAUGCAAGCGAAGUCACUGCCGGUACUGGAUCUUCAUGCGCGGCGGUUGCAAAUGACUGCAACCCAAUUGCACUCAGUGUUGUCACCAGCGUGUCCGGGUUGAAUAAAGAAAUUCGACGAUUGACGGAAUGCAUUAGCCAGCAUAAUGCAGUUAUGGCAGAUUUCAAAAAGGCAUUGACCUUGUUGGCAGAAAUGCAGAAAACGCACCAUGAGUGGGAUCGGGGAAACGGAAUGAGGUGCUCGUGUGAGAAUGCCAUCCGGUCAAAGCGGCGGCUACAAAUGGAGGGUAUUGCAAACGAUGAGGCUCACGCUCAGGAGAGGGCCCUUCGCAACAUGAUGACCCGACGUAUGCCCCGUCGUUGGAUGUAAAGUUCAGCAUGGACCAUAUGCCUUUCAGAUCGAAGAGGUCAAAGAGAGCCCAACGUAAUCCACGAAAUGGUCAAGAAAAGACACAACGAAAGAAGCCCCCUAAGUUGGUCGAUCUGUCUAGUGAACGCGGUCGGGAGAUUCGACGGCGUCGACGUCAACGCAGCAAGUCACCACGAUGCACUACCUCCCUUCAGAGGCACUAUAAUUAUCUUGCCCCGGUUGGUAGCGACGGAGUGGUCCAUGAGUCAGAUCUGUUAUUGAUGACUACCGAGAAGAUCCCAAAGACUUUCAAUCUGUCCUUCGUACCAACCCAGAGCAUGGAUCUCGCCGAGGUUGAGCUCGCUGUUGCCGCGUACAUCUUUAGUAAAGAUCUUCCGAAAAUUGAAGUUCUGGCUGACGUCGGUCACUGCAUUGCGGACAGAACUGCAUUACUAACGCUUGGCCCAAAUGAAAGAGUCAUGGAUGAUGUUAUUACUGUCGUGGCAACGAUGUUGUCGAAGACGUCCAGUAGUCACCAGUGGUUCAUGCUGACAAUGAUCAUGCAAGAUGCCAUACAAGGGACACGUCUAACACAGGCUAACUUGGACGCCGUCGUAUGCAAGCAUAUGAGGUGCAAGGUUGACAAGGUUACUGAGAUUUUCCAACCGAUGUGGACGGACGAAUAUUGGUAUUUGAUGGUGGUGGACGUACGACGGAAGAAGCUGAUGUACUUCGACUCGUUCAAGUGUUCAACAGAAACGGAGUGUAGAAAAAAUGCGAUGACGCAAGUGGCACUGCACUUGGAGUCGCUGACUAUUGGACCCAAGUGGCUGUCCAAGUGCACAGCUGAACGACCUCGAUUUUCUUCGUAUGACUUUGAAGAGCCUGUCGUGCCUCAGCAGCAUCGGCUAUCGAUGGAUUGUGGUGUCUGGGUCUUACAAUUGAUGAUUAGGGGCGCUCUGUGGGCUAUACACAAUGUUACAAUACUCAAUUCAUACACACAUAUGACUUUACUGUCAUUUUUCUGAUAGUGAUAAAUCACUUAUAGAACUGGAAUGUGUAUCCAAGAAUUUAUAAGUUGAGGUUGAAUGACUUGCAGGCAGUGAACGAUCUUACUCAGAUGCGAAUAGCCCUUGACCUUGUCUUGAGGUCACACAAUGCUAAGGCCAUCGACGUCGUGGAAAAGGCGAUGUGUUACUGGAGAAAGAAGGCUGGGUCUUCACGACAUGGACGUGAGUGAUACAGUUAGGUUGGGAAAGACAUGUUACGCUGAUUUUGGUUCCACUUUUGGAGAAAAUUUUUUAGUGACUGCUUCGCGUAUGGCAUUGUCGACUUAGUGAUGGACAAGAUGGAGGUAGAUGCUGACUUGCGCAUCAGCUUUGUUAAUUUUAAUUUUGACCAAUAGUCUAGUGCCGCAGUAACCCGCGAGGGACUACGUGGACAAUUGAACUUGAUUACACGUAGAGCAGUAUCCAACCUGGAUGCCGGUAACAAGUCGGCCGGCCUGAAACCAGUAUCCAGGUUGGAAACUGUACGCCAUUUUAACCAUAGUAGGAUUGUCAUGCUGUAUUAGAGAAUUGGUUUAUACGAAUCAUUUUUUGGACCACCUUGCACAAUAUCCCUGGAUGAAGAGACGUUGGGGUUUCUCAAUAGAAAGGUGAUGCAUGUAUAUUUUUUUUGAAAAUACUGUAGCUGUUCUUAGGUCUAACAUGUAUACUACGCUUUUGUUGCAAGUGAAGUAACCUGUAAAUACCAACAAAUGGUGUAAUCUUUCGAUACACCUCUUGCGCAUCAAUUGUGGUUGCUUUAGCUGCCAUCAUUCAUAUCCUUUAAUUAUGACUAAAAAUGAGUUGAUGUUAACAUGAUUUAUGAUUGAGAUUUUUUUU